AUGAAACUCAACCGUGGCAGGAGAGCUCGUGGGCCCAUUUUAUGCCCUUAUUUUUUGUGUCUCACUGAUGUUUCUAAAUCUGUACAGGAUGUGAUAGGUUGUACCCAGGAGAUGGACUUUAUCCUUUGGCCCCGCAAUGAUAUUGAGAAGAUUGUCUGUCUCCUGUUCUCUAGAUGGAAAGGGGCUGAACAUGAACCAUUCAGGCCUGUUCAGGCCAAGUUCGAGUUUCAUCAUGGAGACUAUGAAAAGCAGUUUUUGCAUGCUGUUGGUCGGAAGGACAAGGCUGGGAUGGUUAUGAACAACCCCAAUCAGUCUGUCUUUCUCUUUGUGGACAGACAGCACUUACAGACUCCAAAAACCAAGCUCACCGUUUUCAAGUUGUGCAGCCUCUGUCUCUACCUGCCACAGGACCAGCUCACCUGUUGGGGGGUUGGAGACAUCGAGGACCACCUCCGCCCAUACAUGCCUGACUAGGAGAAAUGCACGGAAGACACCCCUCGAGGCCUCGAAGCAAGUUGACCUCAUCUACAAAUCCCUCAGUUGAAUAGAUAUGAACUUGUGCUUGGAACUCUCCUUUUUGUUAACCACUCAUUUUCAUCGUGAGAUUUAAUUUAGCUCCUUUUUUAUUUAUUUUUUAAUUCCUCCCUCAACCAAUCUUGCUUUGGUUCAUCCCAUCUCCCCUCUCUUUGAUCAGUUUUUAUUUGAACCUGCAUGAACAUUGAUUUUGAGUGGUUGUUCUCUUGGAGCUGCACCGUCAACAAUACCAGUCACCGAAGGAACUCUUUACGUUACGAAAACAAAACAACAAAAAAAAAGGAAACCAAUGACAGAGGGUCUCUCACGUGUGGUCCUCGUGUGUUGGACUGGCUUUAACAUCACUGUUGUGAGGGAAAGUUAACAUGUCUGUUAUAUUGAGUAGGGAUUUCAUGAGUAAUGACAGUCAGUGACAGGACAAAAGAGCUUGGGUAGUCUUCCUCAAAAGGCUUCUAUUACAAGGCGAACAACACUUGUUAACUCGUUUGGUGUAGGCAUUGCUUCUCAUUCAGUUACUGCCUUAGUUUUUGCUGGACAUUUUAAUUUGAGUGUCAUUACUUGCCUAUAAUAUGACAAACCUUGUUUGUUUUUAUCAUUUCUGGAGGAGUGGUGCCUGAUGGGGACGGAGGUGCGGUGUGUGAUGUAUAUCUAAAAUGGUUGACAAACUCUGUUGGAGGAAUUCUGAUGUGUUUUUUUCUUGGGAUAGUUGGGAUGGUAAUUGUCACCAUUUGAGCAACUCCGAGAUAUACAUACAAGCUACUGAUACCGGAUGUAAUCAUUGGUGGUGGGUAUGUUAAAGCUUGUGUACCUAAUGAGAAAUUUCAUUGAGAACCACCCUGUUCUGAGAGUACUAAAUAUUGCAGUGCUUAGGACUUGGUAUCUGUAAGCCAUCUUUGUCCGUUCUUCAGGCAUAAAAAUCCUUUAAAAAUAUCUUUGAAAUUCUGAGUUCACGUCGAAGGGGAAGGUGGGUCUUUGUCUUUACUUUGAUGUACCCAUUGUUUGAAUAAUUCUGUUGAAAUAAACACUGCUGAAUAUA